AUGAGGGAAGAGAGCCUGGUUCAAGCAAAGAAAAUUGAAGAGCUCGAGCCUCGGCUGGUUGCUGAGCUUGCAAAGGCCGCAUCUGCAGCGGAAAAAGCAAAGGCCGAUGUGGAGGCGGUCGUGGCUGUCCAUCGAGCCGACGCUGAAGCCGCUAACGCUCGAGUGAAGGAAAUUUUCGAUGCCGCUCAGAACGCAAAAGUGCUAGAGGGCGAGGUCGAAUAUUUUCUCUCUGAUGAUGAUGACUCCGGGAGUGUGAAUGGAUCCGAGAGCGGAGAAGAUGAAGAUGAAGCUCCCGAGAAGAUUAGGUUGAAAGCUAUCCAGAAAAGGGAAUCCCCAGCUAAAGAGUCUGAUUCCAGUUCUGACUCUAAAUCAUUUAUUUCUGCUAGUGAAGGUGAAGAACAUGAGUCUUCUGACACUGAGAUAAUUCAAGAAAUUCCCGAGGGUUGGGCAAGUUAUGACCCAAAGAAACGCAAGUCUAUCUCACAAAAGGCCCCAACUGUUCUCAAGCCAGCCAAGAAAAGAAAAACCUCACCCCCUAAAUCUACUGCCCCUUCAGUACCUAAUGGACGAGCUACAAGAAGCAGGUUUCGACAAAGUAAAGCUGACCUACAAACAGCUCUGGAAGAAAGCAAGAAAAAGAAAAAGGAGAAGGGAAAGAAAAAGGUUGCAGAGUCCUCUGAGGCUACUGAAGAAGAGGAGAUGGAACUGGUUCAUCAAGAAAGAGGGACAACAGUAGAGAUUCCUUUACCAAAACCUAAAAGGUCCAAGACUUCUACCAAGAAGUCUUCCUGUGAACCUGUGUCUGGUGAACCCUUAUUAGCCAAGAGGACAAGGAGAAAAAUUCUGAAAGGAAGACUGUUGAAAGACCAGGAAGAACCAGGGAUGAGAAGACUGGUGGAUGCUUUAGCUGCACAAGGAGAUUCUGUGACUCUAGAGAAGUGCCUGAAGCCAGAUUUGUGCAGAAAGUGA